AUGUAUCUUGAUAAUUUGCCAGUAAGCAUUGCUCUAACCCCGCCCGAGGGCUCGUCGGAUGGAAGCAGCAUUGCUCAAACCCCGCCCGAGGGCUCGUCGGAUGGAAGCAGCAUUGCUCAAACCCCGCCCGAGGGCUCGUCGGAUGGAAGCAGCAUUGCUCAAACCCCGCCCGAGGCCUCGUCGGAUGGAAGCAGCAUUGCUCAAACCCCGCCCGAGGGCUCGUCGGAUGGAAGCAGCAUUGCUCAAACCCCGCCCGAGGGCUCGUCGGAUGGAAGCAGCAUUGCUCAAACCCCGCCCGAGGCCUCGUCGGAUGGAAGCAGCAUUGCUCAAACCCCGCCCGAGGCCUCGUCGGAUGGAAGCAGCAUUUCUCAAACCCCGCCCGAGGCCUCGUCGGAUGCAAGCAGCAUUGCUCAAACCCCGCCCGAGGCCUCGUCGGAUGCAAGCAGCGUUGCUCAAACCCCGCCCGAGGCCUCGUCGGAUGCAAGCAGCGUUGCUCAAACCCCGCCCGAGGCCUCGUCGGAUGGAAGCAGCGUUGCUCAAACCCCGCCCGAGGCCUCGUCGGAUGGAAGCAGCGUUGCUCAAACCCCGCCGGAGGCCGCGUCGGAUGGAAGCAGCGUUGCUCAAACCCCGUCGGAUGGAAGCAGCGUUGCUCAAACCCCGUCGGAUGGAAGCAGCGUUGCUCAAACCCCGUCGGAUGGAAGCAGCGUUGCUCUAACCCCGUCGGAUGGAAGCAGCGUUGCUCUAACCCCGUCGGAUGGAAGCAGCGUUGCUCUAACCCCGUCGGAUGGAAGCAGCGUUGCUCUAACCCCGUCGAAUGGAAGCAGCGUUGCUCUAACCCCGUCGAAUGGAAGCAGCGUUGCUCUAACCCCGGAGGGCGCAUCGGAUGGAAGCAGCGUUGCUCUAACCCCGGAGGGCGCAUCGGAUGGAAGCAGCGUUGCUCUAACCCCGGAGGGCGCAUCGGAUGGAAGCAGCGUUGCUCUAACCCCGGAGGGCGCAUCGGAUGGAAGCAGCGUUGCUCUAACCCCGGAGGGCGCAUCGGAUGGAAGCAGCGUUGCUCUAACCCCGGAGGGCGCAUCGGAUGGAAGCAGCGUUGCUCUAACCCCGGAGGCUGCAUCCCCGACCAAUGCACCAGUUGGAGGCAGCAUUGCUCUAACCCCGGAGGCUGCAUCCCCGACCAAUGCACCAGUUGGAGGCAGCAUUGCUCUAACCCCGGAGGCUGCAUCCCCGACCAAUGCACCAGUUGGAGGCAGCAUUGCUCUAACCCCGGAGGCUGCAUCCCCGACCAAUGCACCAGUUGGAGGCAGCAUUGCUCUAACCCCGGAGGCUGCAUCCCCGACCAAUGCACCAGUUGGAGGUAGCAUUGCUCUAACCCCGGAGGCUGCAUCCCCGACCACUGAAGGCAGCAUUGCUCUAACCCCGGAGGCUGCAUCCCCGACCACUGGAGGCAGCAUUGCUCUAACCCCGGAGGCUGCAUCCCCGACCACUGGAGGCAGCAUUGCUCUAACCCCGGAGGCUGCAUCCCCGGCCACUGGAGUAACCCCAGAGGCUGCAUCCCCGGCCAUUGCACCAAGUAGCACACAAGCUUGA